ACAGGAAAGGGGGCUCAUUCACGGCUGGGCACUCAAAGAUGUACAGACCAGAAAGAAAUAACAGUCCUUUCUCUCUCCUGGAUAUGGAUAUGUGGGAUACCAAUCUCACAGCCCAGUCUUCGUCUUGGUGUGGUAUGGCCACAGUUUCUGGAUCAGGAUUUCUGUCCAAAGUCAACACAAGUUCAUCUGGAGGUGCAGGCAGUUUCAGACCGACUGACCCAGGCCUGAGGAAGUGGCAGUCGCUAUCCCACCUGGCUCCAAAUGUUUCUCCACGCUCCUUUUCUCCAUCACCUCAGUCGGAUCUGCGUUCAGGACGAGGGCAGAGUCCCUUCAGGCAGACAGGAGUGAUGCAGUGGCUUCAGGAGGCUCAGGAGAGAAUGGACUCCCACAUGGACCUUCUCCAGACAGAGCGCAGGUCCAGUGCAAAUUUGCUGGACAUGAAACCAAAGGAAAGACAAACUUCUGGCACAGAGUUGUUCAAAUUAAAUCAAGCUCUUAGAGAGGCUGAAACAAGAGCAAAAAGAUAUGAAGAGGAAUGUGCAGAAGCAAUACUAAAACUACAGACUGCAACAGAGACCCAGAAGGCACUGUUGAAUCAAACUAUAGAGCUGAAGCAGAAACUGGUGCAGACUCUACAAAACCAGUCUGAACUGGAGGAUCAACUGAGGGAAGCCAAUAACAAGAUAAGCCAAGCAUGUCUGGAACAAGCAACGAUGUCAACUCAAAUGUUAAAACUGGAGAGCAAUGUGCUUGAACAAAAUACAAAACUUAAAGCAGCGCAGCAUAACAAAGACAAUUUGACUCAGGAAAAAGCUGAUUUGCAGGAGAAGAUCAAUUUACUAGAGCUGCAACUUGAGAAGAGUACCAAGGGUUCACAGCAACAAAAUGGGCUGGAUCACACGGAUCACCAGGAAACUACCAAGUUGAAGCAAGAAGUAGCAGCUUUGAGAAAGCUAAAUGAAGACCUGUCAAAUGAGUUUGAAGAGGUAAAGCAGGCACUGAAGAAAUCUCAGGUUAACAUGGAAGAGUUGAGAAAGGAAGACGACUCAAAAUCACAAAAGAUUUUAGAUUUGGAGAAAGAAUGUGCAGCACUAAGGAGCAGAAUUCAGACCAGUGAACAAGAAAGUUUGGAGGAACAAGAGGAACAAAUAAAGCAACUCAGGGAGUCUUUGAGGUCUGUAACAUUUGAAAAGCAGAAACAACAGGAUCAUUGUUUAUUUUUGGAGACUGCAGUCUUUGAAAAGGAGCAGCAGCUGAAACUACUGGAGGAGAAUUAUUGCAAAAUAGAUGCAGGUAGAGUCCAGCACAUUGAAGAACUGAAGGUCAUGGUCUCCCAUUGGACAGACAAAUGGCAGAAAGCAGCUUUGACAGUACAGUCUGCAGAUACUGAGCUAGAGGAACUGAGGAGGAAAAACAAAAAUGAAUCUGAGUCAUAUCUAAGGCUUGAGCUUAAUGCAUGUAAACAAGAGCUGGAACUGGUGAAAAGCAGAAGUCAAGCAUUCCUGAACAAAACAAACAAAGAUGGAGCUGACACUGUCCAAACCCAGGACAGGGACACAAUGACAGACCCCUGUCUUUUAUCGGAAACACCUGUUUUAGACUUACUGAACCAUAAGGACAAACAGCUGGAAAUAAAAACUACUGGAUGUGAUGAGGUUGUUGAGGACUGUACAAAUGCGCAAAUCAAUGGGUCACUAAAAGUUCAACUGAUAGAGAGGGAAAAGACAGAAAUCCAGCUUGAGCAGGAGACAACACAAGCACUGCAAGAACUUGAAUCAUCCAGACAGUUCAAGGCUAAAGAGGAGGAGCCCUCUGCUAAAGAAAGGAGCAAAGUGAAUUUCGACACAGAGCAGCAGCGGAGAUUGGUCAAUGAGCAGUUAAAAAGUCUGUUUAAGGAAAGAGAAGAAAAUGAAAUGACAUCUGGAGAUAGAUUGGCUCAAGAUUGGGUUCAAAUGUCAAGGGGCACCAGGAGUGCACAUGAUAGGUGGAGCUGGCACCAGGGUACAGGUUUAACGCCCGUGUUUGAGGAAGAGGAGCCGGGUGAUGAAGACCAAGAGGAAAAGAUGCAGUCAUGUUAAGUACUGAACCAUCAAUCAUGGGUCUUGAUGCUGAUUCUAAGAAAAUCUGUCAGGGCUGCACAGAUGUAAUUGUGCUGCAUAAGUCCCUGCCUCUGCUCUGUCCUGAUGGGAUAUUUUAUGUUGAGAUGGUUGAUAUCUGUA